CACCGUCUGAAUUCGCAUCUUAAUCUCGUCGGAAACGAUGUGAUGGCACCGCCCCAGCCUUCCAGCUUCAUCAAACAUGUAUCUCUGAUACUUCCCUUUACUGACCUUCGCUUCAUGAACCCCUUCGCUCCUUUCUCUAAAGGAACUCCACCGACGUAGCGAAGAAUUGUAGGAAAGGCGAGACCAACCUCAUGAGUAUGGGACGCUUCGAGGCACGCGCGUGGACCGAGCUCCACUUGCAAAAGCAGAAAGUCUGGUGCUCUCUGCGUGGGGUUCUUCUUCGAUAAUCAAGUGUCUACGCAGCAUUUGCCAUGUCUCAAGCAUGGCAGGCCGACGGCGAUCAGCAGCAGCAGGAGGGAAACAGCACCGGCCAAGGAUUGAGGGGUGGGUCGGCUGCAGGUGGCUGGCCCGACGUUCCAAAGCCUCAAACUGGUCUUCCCAACUCGGUGCAGAGCCAAUUAACGCCUCAGGAAGCCGAAGCGAUUCGACUUGUCAAAAGAUCCUCGGACAAGGCUCGUUAUGCAGGGUACUUCCUCGGCGGCACACUCACCUACCUCCUCCUCCAACGGCGCAAACCGAGCCCGCCUGGGCUCGUUGGCCAGGCGAGCAUGACGAUUCUCGGCGCCUUUGCGGGCGGCAUCAUCAUCAUGCCCUUUGGCAUGCUCACGGGCACAAAGCAUCUGCGCAACGUCGAAGACCCCAAGCACCUCGCCAGCGUCAUGCAGUCCGCCAUCGACCAGCGGCGCGGACGGCCACCGUUGCCGAUUACGAGUGGUCCCGGGGCUGGAGUAGGGGUGGGUACAGGAGCAGGAGCAGGAGCAGGAGCAGGAGCAGGAGCAGGAGCAGGAGCAGGAGCAGGAGCAGGAGCAAUGGGCGCGCAGCUGGGCUUCAGCGCUGAUGGCAGCCAGGGGCAAGCAUCGCCGUAUCCUUCUUCACCGCCCUAUCCCUCUUCCGAGAGAGAUUCGUCGCCGUCCUCGCCAGGAGCUUUCGACUACGGUCAUGCGCCGCCGCUGGAGCAGCAAGGCGCGUCACAGCAGCAGCAGCAGACAUCGUCGAGAUGGGCUCAGCUGCGCGGCGAACGUGGCGUCCAGGCGUCGGCAUGGGACAGGAUCCGACAAGAGAAGGCGCGCGAGUCAAUGGCGCAGCGCAAUGGUAGCAGCGGUGUCGGCAGUUCCUACGAUAUGGGCGCAGAGGGACCGGGAGCACGAGCUGAAGGAGGGAGAGAAUCGAGGUACGGAAGUCCGGGGAACCUCGCUGACCCAACUUUCGGCAAGGGCACCUCAAAUAACCGAGACCAGGCCAGGCAAGAGUUUGAGGCCAGCUUUGAGAGAGAAAAGAGGGGCCUGGAUGGAUAGUAGUAGCAUAACUUGAGUGCCGCAUCUUCUGUUAUUCAAACAAUUCUGUCGUCACCGUCUUCUUUACAUACAAAAAUCAACGACACAGUCGGCUCAACUAGAGAAGAGAAAGAAAAACCCA